AUGAAUUACUUGUCAUCAUCAAGUUACCAUUUUUGACGAAUAGUAUUGUUAAUUAGGGAUUGUUCAUCAGAUUUUUAGACUGAAAAAAAAAUGGGCCAAAAAAUAGCAAAGAAGGAACCGGAGAGAGGUGCUCGACUUUACGAUGAACAGAGAUUUGAAGAGGCGAUAGAAGAGUUCAAGCUUUGUCUCACGAGAAAGCCGAAAAGUUCAGAAGAAUUUUUGUUAUAUGGUCAGAUUUGUCGCUGUUAUUUAGAUAUUGGCAAAACGGGUGAAGCCUUAGAUUUUGCAAACAAACAGAUGGAGCAAGCCAAUCAAUCCAACGAUAACAGCAUGAAGUCAGAAGCAUUUUUCCACUUAGCGGUUUGCAAUGAGUUGAUAGGAGAAUUCUCUAAAUCUAUAUCUUUUUGUCGAAAUAGUUUACAGAUAGAUGAAACUCAAAAUCAGCUUAAAGCUUAUCUUUAUUUGUGCUUGGGUAAUUCUUACGUCGGCUUAAGUGAAUUUCCCAAAGCCUGGAAAAGUUAUUAUACGGCUUUAUCUAUAGCACACACUAAUGGUGAUAAAUUGAUAGAAAUUCUAGUAAAUACAAGACUUGGGAUUCUUUUUACCUCCUUAAAUGAUUACGAUGGUGGAAUAGAUUAUUGUUCAAAAGCCUGGGAUUUAGUUAAUGAUAUAAAAGAGAGUGAUCCUAAUAUAAAAUACAGAAGAUUAGUUGGCGUUUCUCUUGCAGUACCAUAUAGAAAGACUGGCAGAUAUAAGGACUGCACAGAUUUAUGUGAGGAUGCUAUGAAAGUAGCAAUGUUGUAUGGGGAUACUGUGGUACAAGUUAGAUGUAUGGUAUUAUUUGCUGAUAUACAUCGUAGACGUGGAGAUAAUGAGAGGGCACUACCAAGAUACGAAUCUGCACUUAGUUUAAUGGAACGAAUAGGUGACCGAGUUGGACAAGUAGAUGCACUUUUGGGCAUGUCCAAAACUCAUACAAAUUUGCUCAAACCACAAAAGGCAAUUGAACUGGCACUGAAAGCUCUUGAAAUAGCACAGAAAGUUGGCAAUAAGCUUCAGAUGCUGCGAUGCCAUUCUAGUUUAAAAUCGUUGUACUUUGAUACAAGGGAGACUACUCUAUCUAGUAGACAUCAUACUUUAAUGAAACAAUUAGCUGAAGAAACUGAUUUGUAUUGUGGAAUGUGUGAUGAUAUGAUGGGACAACAGCCUGAACGUCUAUCAGUAUUAAUAUGUGGUCAUUUUAUACACGGCAGAUGCUCCUCGGCAAAGAGUGAAAGUCGUCAAUUCUGUGCAAUAUGUAAGAAAAAACCCGUUACAAAUUUGUCUUCAGCAGCCAUAGAUGGUUGAUGUGGGAAUUAUAUGAAUUUCAAUAAACCAAUAUUUUGUGAACCAGAAAUUAUUUAUUUUAUGACAAUAAAUUUUAAAUAAGAUUGCAAAGCAAGUAAA